UCCUGUUAGGACUCUGUCACAGCGCAUCAGUCUGGAGCACAGGCUUGCUCCUUGCUCCAUGGUAUAAAACAAGUUCCUUCCAGCAAGAGUUUUACAGCAAGCUCACAGUUGCUUUAAAUUAGAAAAGUUGGGAGGUGGCCAAGGAAAGGAGCAGGGGCUUGCUCAGCUGAGACAGACAGUUAGAAAACUCUGUAAGCGCAUCAAGCCUCACAUAGGUUUUCACAAAGUACAUUUUUUUUGUCAUCCCAGGAUUUAAAUUUUUUUAAAGGAUUUUGAAUCACCAAAAAAUUACCUGCUGGCUUGAAUCUACAACUCUUACACUACCCAAACAGACCACGCUGCUUUCUCUGAAAAAUCAGAUGUCAUCUACUCAACUGUGAAGAAACCUGUGGAUUCUGAUUUUCUUGAAUGCUGUAAAUUAGCUCUGACGGAAUGAACAGCUCCAACGAAAAAAACCCACACAAAUUUUCUGAGAAGACGGCAAAGGAACUAGAAAAAACAGCUUGACUUGUAGGUUCUCACCUGACCCAUGAUUGACUCUCUGCUAAUGGAACACUAAAUUUAAGGCACCUUUCUAUAUCAGAUCUGAGGAUGUUUGUGUUGCUGUACAUUACAAGUUUUGCCAUCUACACAAGUGAACAACCUCUUCAAAGCCAGACCAAAGGAGAAAAUUACUACACCAGAUAUAUCUGCAGCAUCCCAGGUUUGCCAGGCCCUGCUGGCCCCCCUGGAGCCAGCGGAUCCCCAGGGCCACAUGGACGUAUUGGUCUUCCAGGAAGAGAUGGUAGAGAUGGCAGGAAGGGAGAAAAAGGUGAAAAAGGGAGUGCAGGUUUAAGAGGAAAGACUGGGCCAUUAGGACCAGCUGGAGAGAAAGGAGACCAAGGUCAGUCUGGUAAGAAAGGACCUGAAGGAUUGACUGGUGCCAAAGGUGAAGUAGGUCCAGCUGGACCACCUGGACCUAAGGGAGAUAAAGGAGAGCGAGGAGAGCCAGGAGUGCCAGGGGUCUGCAAGUGUGGAAAGAUAGUGCUGAAAUCUGCCUUUUCUGUUGGCAUCACCACGAGCUACCCAGAGGAAAGACUACCAAUUGUAUUCAAUAAAGUCCUCUUCAAUGAGGGGGAGCAUUACAACCCAUCCACAGGAAAGUUUAUUUGUGCCAUCCCAGGGAUUUACUAUUUUUCUUACGACAUCACCUUAGCAAACAAGCAUCUGGCUAUUGGGCUGGUUCACAAUGGCAAGUACAGGAUCAAGACUUUCGAUGCGAACACCGGCAACCAUGAUGUAGCUUCUGGAUCCACAGUGAUAUACCUUCAGCCAGAAGAUGAAGUGUGGCUUGAAAUCUUCUACUCUGACCAAAAUGGUCUCUUUUCUGAUCCAACGUGGGCAGACAGUUUGUUUUCUGGAUUUCUCUUAUAUGUUGAUACAGAUUACCUUGAUGCUUUAUCAGAUGAAGAUGAGCUCUGAAGCAGAUAUCAAAUGACAUUCAAACUGGAGGCCCUACAAAGGAGCUCAUUCAUCUGUGUGGGGAAAACAAAGUUGAAAUAAAAAAAAAAAUCUGGAAAUUCAUUCUAGCUUUGAUUGGAACAAAAUCUGAGCUCGUAAGGAUGUUUCUAAAAUCUAGGAUGGAUUUUUUAACAAACAGCAGGGAUAUCAAAAUGAACUGUAAUUAACAUGAGACUGCAUCACUCCAGGACUGACUCUUCCCUAAAAUUACAUUUAUAAUAGUAUUUAAACAAAUUUAAGAUACUGUACAUUGGAUUUUAUAUAAAAUGUAUUAAUUUGCAAUUUAGAAUGGCUAUUUUGUAUAUUACAUUAAAGUAAAAUUGAACAAUUCACUGCAAUAUCAUCUUUGGUCAUUUUAAGACAGGCAAUACAUUAAAAAAAAAAGAUGGGAGAAGAAUAAAAUAGGAAUGACUGUUUCAGGGUGCCACUGCAUAGGUCACAAGAACAGUCCCAUCUGAUAUUCACACCAACAAAUAUCAUUCAUAGGUAACCAAUCUCACAGUAAGUACAUGAGGAUUUGUACUAGAUGAGGACUUCUCAAUAGCAGCCAUAAAAGUCUAGAACAAAGCUGUCAAACAUAUAAACAAAUUAAAAUCUGGAAAAUCUGGAAACUUGGAGAUAGUAUUCAGUGGGUAUUUUCAGUGUAAUUCCAAGUGUCUUUGCUAUUCUUUAAAUGCCAUUUUUUAUCUUUAUGAGAAAUGUGGGAAAAAAAUAUAAACUUUUUGCUGAAGGUAAUUGUGGAUGACCAAAAACAACACUAAUCAGUCAAUUAUAUGAAACAAAGUGAGUCACAUCAUUAAAGCAGAAAUUGUAUUUCAAUAUGGCCAAAUGCAAUUAAAUAAAUGUGGGUCACACACAAGACGAAAAACUGCAUUCAGCAGAUCAGUAAACUUGGAAAAAUGUACAUGGGACCUCAUGGAUCAUCAUCUAAAUAGGAGUAAUAAAAGUAGGCUGUUGCUACCAUCCUUUGGAUGUAUAAUAAAUGGAAUUGAAAGUAGAGAUGAAUAGUGGUUACAUAGGAAGAAAUUACUUCUGUCAAUGUUUCAAAACCUUGAAAGUUGAUAAAAAAUGUUUAUACUUCUAUUCAUGGGGCUUACUCAAGACAUGUAACAAGGUCAAUUUACUUUUCUUGCCAAUAAGGUUAGAGGUAAUUUAAUCACCACCUGCACCCAUACGGAGAUAAAAUAUCUGGUAGUACCUGGCCCUUCCCUCUAUCAAAUAGGAGCACAGCAAGGUCCAUUGGUGAGAAACCAUACCAAUCCCCACUGGAAAUGAGGAAUCCAUUUUAGCAGGGGCAGCAACCAAUCAUUGUAAAAAUAUCUAGGAACAUCACGAGUUCUCCGGCAUUCAAC